AUGCCCUCAGGGCCUAAAAGGAAAAAAAUACUCUGUGAGCUGGUUGAAUUUAUGUUACAGUUGAAGUCAUCAGAUCUACGCUACCGUACCAUAAACAUAUCAAACCAAUACAUUCAUACCGCAUAUCCCUCUAAAAUUCCUGCCCCUGUCAUUCCCCUUUCAUCUACAUCCAAAAAGCAGUACCAAAACCGAAAUCGGCGUAAACACCUCAAGAAACUCCCCAACAUUGCACCCCAAAGACAAAUCCAACUGUCAAGACGACAAUUCACCGACUACUCCCUGGCCUCUGUUCAGGCAUCUGAUAGCACCAGCCUAUAA